AUGGACGAACACUUUUUCGAGCAGCACGAUUAUGAAUCCAUUGUCCCCGUUCAGCCGCCGCCGGUCGUGCAAGGCAGCGUGCUCAAUCUUUCUUUCGCGUCGGUCGACAUCGAUCUCAAGCUUGACCCGAAAUGGGGGUGUGGCGGCAUCGCCUGGCCAGCAGCAGAGGUACUUUGCCGUUAUUUGGUGCGGCGCGGGACGAAUUCACUCAAUGGCAAGACCGUCAUCGACCUCGGAAGUGGAACUGGACUCUGUGGAUUACUGGCAGCAAAGCUGGGGGCAACCGCGUUCGUGACUGACCAAGCACCAUUAUUGUCCGUCAUGCAAGACAACGUAGAACUGAACCAAAUGUCGUCGUCAUGUCUCGUCGCAGAACUCAACUGGGGCGAACCAAUACCAGCCAAAAUACCCCGUGCGGACGUUAUUUUGGCCGCCGAUUGCGUCUACUUCGAGCCAGCUUUUCCACUGCUAGUUGACACACUCUGUGAUCUUGUGGACAAUGACGCCAGUAAUCCGCAAGAGAUAUUAUUCUGCUAUAAGAAACGGAGAAAGGCUGACAAGCGUUUCUUCACGUUGCUGAAGAAGCGAUUUAGAUGGACAGAGGUCGACGACGACCCAGACCGCGAGGCCUACUCCCGAGACGCCAUCUCCCUUUUGCGAUUGCACAAGCUGUAA